UUUAGCUCAAUCUGACUGAAGAUGAGCAUCGCUGUGUUGACUUCUUUUGGAAUUGAGAGGUGGUCCAAUUGUAGCGAAAGACAGACCUUGCAAAAAGGUUGACCUUUCCAGGCUGCGAAGGGCAACAGGCCAGAGGGGGUGUCGUCGGGGUCUUCCUUUGACAGGUCGACGUGAAGAGGCAGAUUUCAGACUCUCUCUACUCUACUUAUUCAAUCAACUGGCUUUGAAGUUCCAACGGAAAGCCACCGAUUGACUGGCUGACUAUCAAGCGGUUCUUGUGUAGGAUGCUCGGCUUGAGGAGAUCGACGGAAGGAGUAUGUUAGGCUCAUUGGGAGAGGAUGCCAACUCUAGGAUUGUUGCUGGUCCAUCUGCUGAGCGAAAGGUGGAGUUUCCUGUUUUUGCUUAACAUACCCCUGUUAAGUUGCUUGGGCGGGAUAUCAACUUUGGGAUUAUUUACCUUAACAGGCUGGUUUGAGUUUCCUUUUUUUUAAGGUGGAUGUUUCUGAUCAGAUGGGACAUCAAAAGGCCAAUUCUUAAUUGUUGACCUGAGGCUGUUGACCACAAAAGGUUGAUUGAUCACUGAAGUAAUGGACGAGGAAGUUUUUUUUGGACAAGGAAGUUUUUUUUGGACAUCAUUUUCUGAGAGUUGGGGAUUCAACAAGAUCUGGAAAAUAGUUAUUUGAACUUUGGACCUUGGAGCUGGAAAUGGACUCUGUAGAUGUCUUCCUAUGGAAGGUGGGGCUUCAACAACGAAGAGGGGUCUUCCUAUGACUCCAGGGUCAUAUAUUACACGAAUGGUUGACUUUGUGAUGUUGACUUCGCACAAAGAGAGAGACGGGUGCCAUUGAGAGCUUUCGCUCGAACGUGUCGACCCGGCAUUUUUGUCUUUUGGGGAUUGCAUUGAUUGCGACAAUGCAAAGGCAUUUGGGUGAGGUGGUCAUGUUGGACGGCACAUCACACCGACAAUGAGUACUUUUUUUUUCCCCCCGCUUCAGCAGAUCGCAACCCAAAGGCAACGAUUCCUCUUUGGGUUCGUUUGUUCCUUGCGGCAGUGCAGAUGAUUUGAUCAGUCCAUUGUCCGAGCAUUUGGCAUCAGCCACAGCAGCACUGCAGCGAUUAUCUGGUCUAUCAUCCACUUCGAAUUUUGAGCACGCCGAGCUGAACUGACCGUUCAGCAGCUUGCCCAGCUUGGUAUUUGAAGCACAGUCGAGUGGAGCUGAGUUGCGCUGACCUUUCAGCAGCUUGCUUGUUCAUGCCUGCCUUUCUCCUUUCUUGUUCAAGUUGCAUCAAAUUGCUGUCAAUGCUGUAUGCGUUUUUGGAUCAGGCGGAUUCGAUGACUUACCUGCAAUUACUGCAUACAUGUCAGAGUGCUCUGAUUACGCCAGCGGAUUCGAUGUCAGCACAUUGUGUCGUUUGGUUUUACGUUGGAUUGGAUGCCAGUCUGUGGAGAAGCAGCAGCUGUGAAGCGCCACUCAUCGCCUCAUCAAAACUCUUUAAGUGAAUGUCAAACCGUACACCGUAAAACCGAACCCUGAACCGUCAACCCUAUGUCCUUAAAGCUGGUAGUUGCAGUUGGGGGCUGCAGGAUCGACGAAUUUCAAGGGGGAAGGGGGGAGAAGCGGAUUUUCCAUUUGCCGUCAGGCCUCUUUCUCUGUGGGACCGCUCUGUACCUGCUCACACGUUGUGCACCUGAUGCUGCAGCAGAUGGACCAGCUGGGUACAAGGGGUAGUAAUUGAGAGACUACACAUGUCGGUCUGGUGUUCCCACAGGCUACUGUGGCGUCGUCUUCUUUGGCUCGAAUGCAUGAAACCGGCGGCUUUGUUUUAUGAAACAGUGUUGAAGAGAGGGAGUUAGCAGUGUAACGGUGUAACCCUCUUUGUUUGUCGACUUCGCUAAUGAUGGCAUGUGAGUUUUCAGUAGUUUUCAUGAGUGCAUUGCAAUAGUAGGGUGCACAAGCAGGGUAGUGAGUUGGCAGUCUUAACCCUCCUUGUUUGUCCACUUUCACAACUCCUCGAAGUUCGAACCCCAGUAAAUGUUAUUGGGGUUGAAAUAGCUGAUAACAGGCUUAAGCGCGAGUAACAGUCUUAACCGCUCAGUCAACAGCUCAGUCAACCGCUCAGUCAACCGCUCAGUCAAUCCCCCUGGGAAACCUGGGGUAAUCAAUGCUGGCGGAAUGCUCUCGUUCUAAUCCUGUGAAUGAUCCUGUCGUACGGCAUGUAAGGGACGCUGGACCCGUUUUCCAGCAGGUGUCGCUCCCCACCAAUAGAUGGAGCUCCCCCCCAGGUGUUAGCGGGGCGUGUUAAAAAUAAAAAAUAAAAAAAAUCCUGUUGUAAGGUGGACCCAGUUUCCAGCAGGUGCAGCUCCCCACCAAUGGAUGGAGCAACCAGGGACAAAAAAAAAAAGAAAAAGGAAAAAAAAGGGUGCAGUCAAAGGGGUCGAACAUUCACUUUCAAGUUUCAACCCUUUUUCAAUCCUGUCACUGCAAGCUUAGGUUGGUUGGAAGUGAAGAGUGCACACACCCUUGGACCUCCAGCAUGGGCGGCGCCAAUGGGAGUGGGCAGUGGAACCCUCCUUGUUUGUCCACUUUCACAACUCCUUGAAAUAGCUGUUAACAGGGCAGGGUGCAGCCAACGGGGUCUGAACAUUCAUUUUCAACCCUGUCACUGCAAGCUCAGGUCAGUCGGAAGUGGAAGUGGGCAAGAAGAGGGAGAUUCUGCAAAGAUAUGGGACAGAGAGGCAGAUUGAGUUUAUCUGAAAUCUUGGGCGGCGAGUUGUCAGCCAGAAUCACUGAGGUCAGUCUCUUGGGUUGAUUGUGAGCCUUGAUUGUGAGCCUCAGGGGUCUUGGUCACGGAUAAUGCUAUCGUAUGAGGACUC